AUGUCCCGCAAAUAUCUUCUGGCAUGCAUCUGUAUGUUCUCAGCUACAGGUAUAUUUCAGCUAGCGCGCAUCCUUUAUCGCAACAAAGUUCUGGGCAAGAAGACUGUCCGCCUGGCCAUGAAACCUUACACUGAAGAAAUUGUGCAAGCCGUACUGCAUCUACCUCGCCCUUGGGUGGUACGUGCUGGGGAGAGAGUCAGUCUCGGGAUACCAUCUCUAGGGCUAUUUUAUCUGUUCCAAUCUCACCCUUUCGCCAUCACCUGGUGGGAAGAUAAUGGGGAGGGAGAAGCCAAUUCGAUCUUUGUGAUGUUCCGGGCUCGGACUGGUUUUACUCGAAAAGCUCUGAAAUAUAUGGAACCGGAUCGCGAGUACUGGGCUUGGAUCGAUGGACCAUUUGGGCCGUCCCCAGUCCAUCAUUACGGUCUCUCGAGAGAAGUAGGUGACUAUGGUCAUAUACUGAUGAUCACGACCGGGAUUGGGAUCGCAGCACAACUUCCCUAUAUUAAAGAACUACUGCAUAGGCGCCGCAGCGCUAGGAUAAUAACACAGAAGAUUACCCUAGUCUGGCAACUGGAUCGAACAGGUGACUGGGAGAGUGCUCGGGAUUGGCUUCAAAACCUUGUCAAGCAAGACGAUGGUUAUAUGCUAGAAGUUAUGGUUUACGAUCCUUCAAGCGUGGAUAACCUCCAGGAGCCCCGAAAAAUUGGUCACCACGAUCUAAUUGCCUUCUAUGGGGGUGAAGUGGAGUGGAAAAAGGUCCUCUCUGCCGAAAUGCAGCGACAGUCGGGUAAACUUCUGGUGGCGGUUUCGGCUAAGCACCGUAUCCGGGGCUUGGUGCGGCGUUUAGUGAGAAACAACGUAUGGCUUGAUGUCGAGCUUUUUGAGUUGGAGUUCCAGCCUUGGCAAGAGAAAAGAGACUGGAUAUCGUUUUUUACACCCUAG